GGGCCUGGAUUCACUAACGAGUUACGACGUUCGUAAGUCACAAAAAAUGUCUUAAGGCAACCUUCGGCUGCUUUGGGCUAUUCACUAAACAGUUACGACACUCUUCCGGCACCGUAACUUUACGGCAGCUCCAGGCAUGGCGUAAGGUAUCAUAACCCGGACCUAGGGCCUCCACAAUACAAUACGGACCAUGACAGAGGAAGAAGAAGAAGACCCGCGACCAUAACAACAGCGAAACUAGCCCCAUAAAACACUCACGAAGAAGAAACCUGAAGAAGAAACACCCUCCGCACCACUUCCAUGGGCCAGUAGGAGUACCGCACCAACUCCUCCCCACAGCCGUGUGAGAGGAAAAUAUCGUUUUGGACGUGGUCCGUCACACGACUCAGCGAUCACCUCCACCGCCUGCGCCUGCCCCUGACCCCUGGCAGGACCGUCGAGGAGACCAGUGAGCACCUUCUGCUGCAUUGCCCACGCUUCCACUCUCACCGAGUGCUGCCACGAUACCACCUCGGCGCUCCCUGGACGUGCCCACUUUCGACCUGCCCACGGUGCUGCUGGUGGCAGCAGGCGUCCACCCCUCACGGCAGGAAGCAGCAGCCAUCCGCCUCACCUACGCCUCCUUCAGGAGGACGGGGCAGCAGAUACGCCUAUGAAGCCCUCACAGGACGACACAAGGGCUCAUAUGAGCGAGUAGAUCGCCGCGGCCCAAAACAACAUGAACAAGAAUCUGAAGAAGAAGUAGGGAGAAGAAAGAAAAAGAAGCCAGAAGACCCCAGUUUAUUGAAGGUGAAGAAAUGGAAUUACAAGCAGUAUUAGCACACGACCGGGCUCUCAGGAGAGAAAGGGUCUUCAGAGACCCUUUGAACCCCCUGGAAGUGGAAGAUGAACAUCUCUUGAGAUAUUAUAGAUUCCCUCGUAGGGAAAUACUCUGGCUCUGUGAUGAACUGGAACCAGACAUUGGUCGUGUGACAAGAAGAUCUCAUGCCGUCCCUACUCACACGCAAGUGUUGACAGCACUGAGAUUCUACGCUAGUGGAAGCUUUCAGAGUGUUGUGGGAGAUGCCUCUGGACUCAGCCAAUCAAGUGUCUCACGAAUAAUAGGGAAAGUAACAGAUGCCUUAUUCAGCAGAGCAAGACGGGAGAUAAAAAUGCCAAGAAGUGCAGCAGACAUAGCUGCAACAAAGCAUAAGUUUUACCAAUUGAGUAAUUUCCCUAAUGUGAUUGGUGCAAUUGAUUGUACCCACAUUGCCAUCAAAGCCCCACAGAUUAACGAGGAUGUAUAUGUCAAUCGUAAACAAUAUCACUCACUGAACAUCCAGGUGAUUGCCAACUCUGAUCAAGUAAUCACAAGCUAUUCAGCAAAAUACCCUGGAAGCAGUCAUGACUCUUACAUAUGGAGGAAUAGUUGUGUUCGCCGGAGCUUCAACAGAGGGGAGUUUGGACACUCAUACCUGCUUGGUGACAGUGGAUAUCCCUUGGAACCCUUCUUGAUGACGCCCAUAGAAAAUCCUGCCAACCCUGCGGAGCAGCGGUACAACAGAAGCCAUAUGAGGACACGUGUUGUUGUAGAACAGACAUUUGGAACUCUCAAAACACGCUUCCGAUGUCUUCAUAGAUCAGGAGGGGCACUCCAGUAUGAUCCUGCCCGCUGUGGAAAAAUUGCAGUAGCUUGUAUGCUCCUGCAUAACUUAUGUGUGAGGAGAGGUAUACCCAUGCAAGAUGCUGUUGAAUAUCACGAGGAAGCUCAUCCACCUGAUAUUGGUAAUGUAAAUGUUGGGCAUGGGAGGGUUGAGAGGCAAGAACUCAUCCAACAAGCAUUUGUACUGUAAUGCUGAAUUGCCAUAUAAUACAUUAAUAAGUUCAAGUACUACACAGUCUCAAGGUACUUUGCUAGAUUAAGGUAAAUAUACUGUUUUCAGGUUGAGUCAAAUAUCUUUAUAUAUUUUUUUAUAUAUUAUGUCAGUGUAAAAAUACAUUUCCUUACUCUUGUACUUAUACUGCACCAUUGAGACUAGAAAAUAAGAGAUCUUUUUGUAAUAAAUUUGCUAUAUAUAAAAAUUCUUAAAAAAAAAAUAUUGUCUAAAUUAACCGGAGUAAUAAGAUAUUA